AUGUCACGACGAGGAGUUAAAGCAAGACGCGUGAGCGAAUCGACUCAUCAAGUUCCCAUUGAAAUAGGAUCGACACAAGGAAAAGCACUUGCCAUUCGUUGGUUAUUAGGGGCAUCCCGAAAACGUCCAGGUCUAAAUAUGGCUUUCAAAUUAAGUUCCGAAUUAGUGGAUGCUGCCAAAGGGAGUGGUGAUGCCAUACGCAAAAAGGAAGAGACUCAGAGAAUGGCGGAGGCAAAUAGAAUCUUGCACAUUUUCGUUAAUCCAUGA